CACUCCAGACCUUCCCACCCUAUAUCCUUCCCUCCUCUUCACCUAGAUCCCCCCUCCACAAACAAACCCCCAAGAAUUCUGUUCCACCAGGAUGGUUAACGUCUAAUCCUAAACCAAUUAUGAAACUAAUCCACAGGAAGUCAGAUAUGCAAACUGCUCUCUAAUCUGGGGAGAAGAGGCGGAGUGACCCACAGGCCCUGGGGAAAAGUCACAGGGACAUUUGCAUUUACCACAUCCUGGAGGUCGGUGUUCUUCUCCUGAAGUCCCUCCCCAUCCUGCCUUGGGCUAGGCGACCGGCCCCAGCACCGGCCCCAACACAGCCCAGCACAGCCGCAGUCCAAUGAACUGAGGACAAAAGAAAGCUGCUACUUUCUCAUCUACCUUCCAUCUGGUGGACCUGGGCCUAAUCCCUGGGACAAGGGUGAUGGGUGCAAAAGCCGUCACGGGCCCCAGCACCUCCCUCCGCCUGACACAGCAACGCAGUGGAGUCAGCAGUGUCAUGGUAAAUCCUCCCUUCUAUCAGGUGACCCGCUGUGGGCCUGUUCCCUGUACCUGCUGCUGCCAUUCUAGGUGGCCCCUUCUCACAGAGUCUACUUCUAGCCGCCUGUUCUACAUCCUCCUCCAUGUAGGGGCCUCAGCAGUCUGCUGCCUCCUGCUGUCAAGGACAGUAGUAGAAAGGGUCUGGGGCAAGGCACAUGGGAUCCAGAUGCCCUCAGAGUUGUGUGCCCAUCUGUUUGGCCACUCUCACUGCCCAGUGCUCAGUGGCUCUGGGGCUGUGUACCGAGUAUGUGCAGGAACUGCCACCUUCCACCUGCUGCAGGCUGUGCUGCUGGUCCACCUCGAAUCCCCCACCAGCCCGCGGGCACAGCUGCAUAAUAGCUUCUGGGUCCUCAAGCUGCUGUUCCUGCUAGCUCUCUGUGCUGUUGCCUUCUGCAUCCCUGAUGAGCAUCUCUUCCCAGCCUGGCAUUACAUUGGCAUCUGUGGAGGCUUCACAUUCAUCCUGCUGCAGUUGGUGCUUAUCACAGCCUUUGCCCAUUCCUGGAACAAGAACUGGCAGAUGGGUGCAGCCCAAGACUGCCGAUGGUUCCUAGCUGUGCUGCUGGCCACCCUAGGAUUCUACAGCAUGGCAGGUGUGACAGCUGUGCUCCUGUUCCGCCACUACACACACCCAGCUGGCUGCCUGCUCAACAAGAUGCUACUUAGUCUGCACCUUUGUUUCUGUGGCCUCCUCUCCUUCCUCUCCAUCGCUCCCUGCAUCCGCCUCAAGCAACCCCGCUCUGGCCUUCUACAAGCCUCUGUCAUCAGCUGCUAUAUCAUGUACCUGACCUUCUCUGCGCUAUCCAGCCGUCCUCCAGAGAGUGUAAUCCUUCAAGGACAGAAUCACACCCUGUGCCUGCCUGGCCUGAGUAAAAUGGAACCCCAAACACCAGAUACUUCUGUAGCAGUACUGAGUGCUGGCAUCAUGUAUACUUGUGUGCUUCUUGCCUGUGUUGAGGCUUCCUACCUGGCUGAGGUAUUUGGGCCCUUGUGGAUUGUCAAGGUUUACAGCUAUGAGUUCCAGAAGCCCUCACUCUGUUUCUGCUGCCCCAAAAUAGUGGUGCCAGAGGAAGGGCAAAGGGGUGGGGCCGCCAAGCCAGCUGACCAAGAGACCUCUACAGCUCCUCCUGUGCAAGCCCAGCAUCUUUCCUACAGCUAUUCUGCCUUCCACUUCGUCUUGUUCCUUGCAUCACUCUAUGUCAUGGUUACCCUUACCAGCUGGUUCAGCUAUGAGGGAGCAGAACUGGAAAAGACGUUCACCACAGGUAGCUGGGCUACCUUCUGGGUCAAGGUUGCCUCCUGCUGGGCCUGUGUACUCCUCUAUCUGGGGCUGCUCCUGGCACCACUCUGUCAGUCCCCCACCCAGGAUCCCCAGCCUCCUCCUAUCUUCAAGAGACAGUGCCAUCGCAUCAGUAUCGCCAGAUAACAAAUUGGGGCUCCCCUGAGGUGUACCCUAGUCUUGGCUCAGAGGAGCUGUUCAGCCCAGCAGAUACCUCAAAGACACAAUGGGCAGUCAUCUCCCUUUAGGCUGAAGUCAAUACUAUGUCUUAAUUGGAAAAAGUAGCCAUACAUACCCCAAUGCCGUGGGCAGACUAUCUGACUCACUGGAGCUACCAUUACAUCUUCAGCCAGCUGAAAAGCCUAACUCCCAAGUCAGCGGCUCAGGAACCACUGCUGAUCCCAGCAGACAGUGUGGCACCAGCCCUUUCCUGGCUGUCAUGGUGGAGAUGGGGGCAGGGAAAGAACAGGGACUAAAGACUUACUUGGCUCUGUCCUGAGAGACAGAAAGGAAAAUAAGCAGUUCAGCCCUGGGCACAGGGAUGUAAGAAGAAAGGAGCACAGAAACUACCCUAGGUUUUAAUCCUGGUCUUAAGGUCAAAGGAAGUGGGAAGACAAAAACCACCCUCAUACCAUGAGGAAUGACAGAAGAGAAUGUGAACACUUGAGAGCAGCUGACCGUGGAAAGUCAGUGAGCAGCAGGAUUUUGGGGCCAACUUUCAAGCAGGCAAACAAACUGAGGAAGAAUGAGGAAGAGGGGCAUAAACUUAGGUCUUGGAGCCUUCCUUCUUACGCCCUCAACUCCAUCCUUGGGAUGGUGUUCAAGGUCCGGGUCAGGGACAAAAAUCAGAGAAAAGAAGUCCCCAUGGUUCUUAGAGGAUUCCUCUACCAUAUACCCAGAAUACUUGUCUGUUUGUUGUAGUAUAAU